UCUGUUUAUCGUGGCACCGAUGGCUCUCUCCGGCAUAGCUGUCAGGAGUCAAAUGUCUAAGCUGUGUGAUAGUGACGAGGUAGGAAGAUACAUGUCGCUGUUGGCCAUCAUCCAGGUGUUGUGGCCUUUGGUGGACAGCGCCAUCUUCACCGCCAUCUACACUUCUACUCUCUCCUUCUACCCCUCCUACGAGCACCUCGUCGCUGCCGUCUUUAGCUUUUAUGCAUUGUGCGGAUUCCUUGGGCUGAGGUUGUCCUUGGCCAGUGAGGAACGUCGACCUCCAACACUACCUGAACAAGGAGUAAGCCCAAGUGUUCCUGAAGACAAAGAAGAACACUUAACACAGACAUCCUCCCAGCACAGUGUUUCACCAAACUACCAAGACCACAACAGUUCUCCAGUAGAUUUAAAGUAUGACGGCCAGACUUCCACAUCAGUGAACGAAAAUACACAUCUUUAAGCCAGUGCACAAAUUAUAUCAAUCAAAAUGCCAUCAUCGUCUCUUAAGCUGUGUGAUAAUGACGAGGUAGGAAGAUACAUGUCGCUGUUGGCCAUCCUGGAGGUGUUGUGGCCUUUGAUGGACAGCGCCAUCUUCACCGCCGUUUACACCUCUACUCUCUCCUUCUACCCCUCCUACGAGCACCUUGUCGCUGCUGUCUUUAGCUCAUAUGUUUUCAGCGGAUUCCUUGGGCUGAGGUUGUCCUUGGCCAUUGAGGAAGGUCGACCUCCAACACUACCUGAACAAGGAGUAAGCUCAAGCGUUCCUGAAGACAAAGAAGAACACUAACCACAGACAUCAUCCCAGCACAGUGUUGCACCAAACUACCAAGACCACAACAGUUCUCCAGUAGAUUUAAAGUAUGACGGCCAGAUUUACACAGCCCAAAACCUAUAUGCCCAUGUCUUCACUAUGAUCUGGAACCCUGUACUAUACAUUCUCCAAUAUAUACACUAUAUCCUCUUCAA